AUGGCUCACGACCCGGGCUCAGCCCACCAUGCUGAUGACAGACUCACACAGGCUCUCGCCUCAGACGGCGCGUCCCAUCAUGAUGGUGAUGCCAAUGCUAAUAACAGCGUCGCUGGGAGCAGCAGCCGAGCACCCAUCCAGGAGUACAGCGUCGAGCGCGUCGAGAAAGUCUACCGAAAACUCGACCUACGCAUCAUCCCCGCCUUCUGGGCGCUCUACUUCCUAACCUCCGCCAUCCGCUCCAACAUCGGCAUCGCCCAGACCAUGAACACAGCCGCGCACCACGACCUCGCCUCCGUCCUCUCGCUGUCCCCACGCGACACAUCCACGGCCCUGGCCCUCUUCUACGUCUCCUACGUGCUCUUCGACCUGCCCUCCAACCUUGUCAUGAGCCGCCUCUCCCCCCGCGUGUGGAUGGCCCGCAUUGUGUUCGCCGUCGGCGUCGUGGGCACAUGUUUCACGGCGGUCGGCGCGGCCUGGAGUCUGAACUUGUUGCGGUUCUUGCUGGGGCUUGUCACAGCUGGCAUGUGGCCUGGUAUGGCGUAUUAUCUGACGCUGUUUUAUCCGCCGUCGCGGACGGGGAAGCGGAUUGGCAUGUAUUUCACCGCGUCGCAGGUGUCGGCGGCCGUGGUCGGGUUGGUGUCGGCUGGGUUUCAGCAGAUGGACGGGUUGGGCGGGUUGGUCGGGUUUCGGUGGAUGUUUUUGAUCUAUGGGUUGUUGGGGGUCGUGCUGGGGGUAUCGCUGUUGUGGUGGCUGCCUGACCGGCCGCUGGCGCCGGGUGAGGAGCGUGCAAGGAGUUGGUAUGCGAAGUGGCUGCCGCCGAGCCCGGAAGCGUUGACGGGCGAGGAUGCGGUCGUGCAUUACCAUGAUUUGCGGAGGGUGUACCAUGCCCGGGCGUGGAACUUGAAGGACCUGUGGCAUGUGCUGAUCGAUUGGCGACUGUGGCCUCUCGUGCUGAUGUACUUUGGCGUGGUCGGCGUCGGGAUUGGCACGCAGUUAUACGGGAGCGUCAUCAUUGCGGCCAUUGACCCGAACUUUACCGGCGUUCAGGUCAGCCUGCUGUUUGCGCCCAUUUGGAUGAUGGACUUCCUCGCCAUCCUCCUCGUCACACCCGUGUCCGACCGUUUCCACCGCCACCGCGCGCUCUUCUUCUCCGCCGCCGUCUGCAUCCAAAUUGCCGGCCUACUCACCGUCACCUUCGCGCUCGCCAACCCUUGGGCGCGCUACGGCGGGCUCCUAAUGGUCGGCUUCGGCCUUGGCCCGACAGUUCCCAUCUGCAUGACCUGGACCAACGAGAUCUUCCAGCGGCGCCAUCGUGAAGUCGGCGUCGCGGCCGCGUCGGCCCUCGUCUCGGGGCUGGGCAACCUCGGCAGCAUUACCACUACCUACGCGCUGUACACCGGCUGGCCCGAGGACGCCGCCAAGGGCCCGCACCAGUACCGCCGGAGCAACUUCACCAUGAUUGGCAUCCUAGGGAUGAGCAUUGUCGCGAGUUUUUCCAUGUUGGUGCUGCUGCAGAUCUUUGGGAACGAGCCGAGCAAGCGGAUUGUUGAGGGCAGCGGCAACACCUCGGCCGACGACUCAGACGGGUACCUGGACGGUGCAGCGCGCAGAGAAGCCCAGCAACGCGGGUUCAGCCGGAUGUGGUGGAACAAGCUGGGCAAGGCUUCUACGGCCUAG